AUGCUUUUGAGCAUUAUCUGCAUGGUCGAUUCCAGUGCCGGUGCCGAUGUUGCUGUCGCCAACAACGCGUGCACCACCGCUCCUCCUCGUUCUCCACACCUCCUCCUGCAUGAGCUCCAGCCAACUGAUUGCCAUACUGGGAGACACACGCCGUUUACGGAUUCAUUUGCUCCGCGCGUUCAAUUCAGUUGCUUUCAAAGCGUCGUCGAUAGCAGUUCGUUCAUUCGUUCGUUCAAUCGCACUCGUCCGUUGACUGGUUUAAUAGCACCAUACACAGUUUAUUGCUUUGCCGCCCCACUCUGACUUCGCACUUGGAUAAGUCUCCUCCACUGGUGUGUCGUUUGGUUGGUUCUUUGUGUGCGCGUGCGGUUUGGUUUACGGGCAGCUGGAAUUUUUGUGAUCGCAGACAAAACGUUUUUCCAAAUAGUGAAUUUAAAAAGAAAGAAACCACUCUCAAGGAAAAUAGUCCACGCACCAACGGCCCAGCUAAAGCAGCCACAGCAUGCCGCACCUUGAACAAAAUGGCGGCAUUGGCAUUAUAAAAAAGCUGCGACGUUCUGCAUCCGCCACAGAUUACAAUGUCAGCGCAUUACGCAAACGGGGAUCCAGCUCAGCGUUACUGGAUCAAAAUGGUGUACCCAUAGAUUUGAAUAAAUAUGGCAAAGUUUUAGACAAAGACGAUAAUGGCAAUGGUGAAAAGAAGCAGAGAUAUCGACGUACGCAAAGUGUGACACGCGCCGAGGAGAUACAAAGUAAAGAGCAAAGGCAACGAAAUGAACAGCCAGAUAAACCUUGCCACCGCCCGCGUGACUCACUGUUUUCAUGGAGUUCGGGUUUUAGUAAUUUCACCGGUCUUGUCAAUUGGGGUUUCCUGCUACUCACCAUUGGGGGAUUUCGACUGUGUUUAGAAAACCUUUUGAAAUAUGGCAUUAGAAUAAAUCCGCUGGAUUGGUAUUACGUUUUAAGUGGCAAGAGUGAAGGACAGGAAGGGCAUGCGUCACUUUUGUUGAUUUUAUACUCCCUUGUGCACAUCUCCAUUUGUCUGAUGGUGGAAAAGGGUCUAGCCAUGGUGAGUAAGCAAUUUUCUGUGUUGACGCAAUAAGUAUUACAUAUAUAUUAUUCAAUCUCAUGUCGGGUAAAGUUUAAUGAGAUAAGGGAUUGAACUUGAAU